AGACAAGCACUCACACACAGAAAGAGAUUAACGUGGGCCCAAUAGGCCCAAAUUCAUCACUCGCUCAUUCACUCACUCAUUCUUUGACUCGUCACUCAGUCAUACGUUCAUUCCUCUCGCUCUCUCUCUCUCCUACGCAACCAUCACAGUUUCAUUCUGCAGCACCAAAAGUUAUGAAGAUGGUGGUUGUGAACCCCACACUUGUUCGUGUUUCAUCAUCAUUUCAAGCUUCUUCGCUGAUUCCACACCACGGAACUUCCUUGAAUUGCGUUCCAAUUCUCCCAUUUCGACAUCGCAAACAGAUAAUAAACAAGAUAAGGGUUACUGCAUCUUCUGGUGGUGGUGGUGGUGAUGCGCAACAAUCAUCAUCAUCUUCUUCUACUUCGGAAUCGAAGAACCCGCUUUCGGUCGUUCUGGACAUUCCUCGAACAGUUUGGAGGCAAACUCUGCGUCCGUUAGGUGAUUUCGGGUUUGGUCAUAGGAGCAUUUGGGAGGGUGGUGUUGGACUGUUCUUGAUCUCAGGUACUGUGCUUUUUGUGCUGAGCUUGGCUUGGUUGAGGAGCUUCCAGAUAAGAUCUAAGUUCAGAAAGUACACUGCGGUUUUCGAGUUUGCGCAGGCUUGUGGUAUAUGCACUGGAACACCUGUGAGAAUCAGAGGAGUUACAGUUGGCAGUGUCAUUCGUGUGAAUCCUUCCUUGAAAAGCAUUGAGGCAGUUGUUGAGGUUGAAGAUGAUAAAACAAUUAUACCACGCAAUUCAUUGGUUGAGGUUAACCAAUCGGGUCUACUUAUGGAAACUAUAAUUGAUAUCACUCCCAAGGAUCCAAUUCCAACACCUUCUGUUGGACCUCUUGAUCAAUCAUGUUCUAAAGAAGGUCUUAUUGUGUGUGAUCGAGAAAAGAUCAAGGGUCAUCAAGGAGUAAGCUUGGAUGCAUUGGUUGGGAUCUUUACUCGCCUUGGGAGAGAUGUAGAGGAAAUUGGUAUCGCAAAAAGCUAUUCAUUGGCUGAACGGGCUCUUUCCAUCAUUGAAGAAGCAAGACCACUUCUUAUACAGAUGCAAGCCAUGGCUGAAGAUGUUCAACCUUUGUUGGCCGAAGUUCGUGGUAAUGGUCUGUUGAAGGAAGUUGAGGGUUUAACCCGAAGCCUUACCCAAGCUACUGAUGAUUUGAGACGGGUCCAUUCAUCAAUUAUGACCCCUGAGAACACUGAACUUAUCCAAAAGUCCAUAUACACCCUUAUUUUUACCCUGAAGAACAUUGAGAAUAUUAGCUCUGAUAUUCUGGGUUUCACUGGUGAUGAGAGCACAAGAAAGAAUUUGAAACUACUUAUCAAGAACCUCAGCAGGCUAUUGUGAGAUCAAUUUUAUCUUUUAAGUGGGGAUAUAACAGAACAGCUAUUUUUUAGUGAGAAAACCAAUCGCUUCCUUGGCUUGGAGUCGCUUGCUUCAUGGUGCAACAUGGACUGAUUCUUAAUGGUUUCACUUCUCUCCCUGGAUUUGAUUGGUGAUAUUUUCAAAAUGUUGGCAAUCAGCAUAAUUGCAAUUAGUGAAGUUACUUGUUGCAAUCUUGUUCAAAAUGUUUCAUUGGUGAUAUUUUCAGCUUGUUGGCAAUCACCAUAAUUGCAAUUUGAAUAUUAACAGGAUAUUUUAGAUCCCUUAAUUUUGACGAGUAUGAUAUUAUAGGAAGUUGUCCAUAGGUUACAUAGUUGAACUUUUUGUUGUUUGUUUGUUUCCUCCUACUCUUUGUUUCGUAAGUAAUGUGGAAUGUGGAAAUAGGCAUUGUGAUUGUAAACAGUAUAAUUUCGUUUGUUUGGGAGGUGCUGGAAUUGAUUUUCGGCAGGGAAAUCAAUUUUGCGUUACCUCUAUCCAAAAUCAAUUAUGGCCUCUAGAUACUAGAGAAGUGCAACUAUUUUAGUUUCUAUCA